AUGGAUAUGGAUAUGGAUGUUCCUAUGCACGAUGCUGUAGAGGAACAACAAGCUGCGCAUAACGAGGACCUACAGACUAGUGGUGGGAACGAUAACGCAUUAACCACGGUGACGACAAAUGUUGGCAACGAAGGCGAGGAUGAAGAAGAAGAUUUUAAGCCUGGAUCCUCUGGUAUAGCCGACCAUAAAUCUGUGAAGCCUUUAGAAUUGAACAGCUCCAGCAUUGCUCAGCUCGAUCAAUGGAUCGAGUAUCUGGGCAAUUGCCAGAUAUUAUCGGAGGACGACGUCGCCAGGCUGUGCAAGAUGGCAGUGGAUGUUUUACAAUUUGAGGAGAAUGUCAAACCGAUUAACGUGCCAGUGACAAUAUGUGGUGAUGUCCAUGGCCAAUUUCAUGAUUUAAUAGAACUGUUCAGAAUUGGCGGGCCUUGCCCGGAUACAAAUUAUUUAUUCAUGGGCGAUUACGUUGAUCGUGGAUACUACUCUGUCGAAACCGUGUCGUAUCUGGUUGCCAUGAAGGUGAGAUAUCCGCACAGAAUAACGAUACUGAGAGGAAACCAUGAGUCAAGGCAAAUUACGCAGGUUUACGGUUUUUAUGACGAAUGCUUAAGAAAAUAUGGUAGUGCAACCGUUUGGAAGAUGUUUACUGACUUGUUUGACUACUUCCCUAUCACAGCACUAGUAGAUAACAAAGUGUUUUGUUUGCAUGGUGGAUUAUCACCAAUGAUUGAGACCAUCGAUCAAGUCAGAGAAUUGAAUAGAAAGCAAGAAGUUCCUCAUGAAGGACCAAUGUGUGAUCUAUUGUGGUCCGACCCUGACGACAGAGGCGGUUGGGGUAUUAGUCCCAGAGGUGCGGGUUUCACUUUUGGUCAGGAUAUCAGUGAGCAAUUUAACCAUACCAACGACCUGUCGCUGAUUGCUAGAGCUCAUCAGCUUGUCAUGGACGGUUACGCCUGGUCUCACCAGCAAAAUGUGGUGACCAUCUUCAGCGCGCCCAAUUACUGUUAUAGAUGUGGUAACCAAGCCGCUAUCAUGGAAGUUGAUGAGAAUCAUAAUAGACAAUUUCUGCAGUACGAUCCAUCCGUGAGACCCGGCGAACCUACUGUCAGUCGAAAAACUCCCGAUUACUUCUUGUGA